UCCCGGGCAUCCUCCCUGGGCUGCCGGGAGGCGGCGGCGGAGGAGGAGGAGGAAAAGGGGGAGAAGGCGGAGAGCAGGAACGCGAGGAGGUGGACCUGGAUCCGUUUCUCCGGGCCAGGACCCGAGCGGCCCCAGCUACCGCUACCCGCCGGCGACGUCCCCUAUCCAUCAGCCCUCCUGCGCCCACCCGCGACCCCCGGCUCUCCGGGCGUCGGGCCGGGGCCGGAGCGGCGCGGCCAGAGACUGUCUGGCCUCCCGGUGAUGCUCACACUGUGCUAAGUGUUGGUUGCCGUCAAGGUUUUUGCAUCCUGGGGACGAAUCCUGAGCUUGCCAGAGACGGACAUCAAAAGCAGGUCCGGCCUCUGUUUCCCUGUGAGCAGCAGCCACGGCCCAGCAAGAUGUCCCGGCAUCACAGCCGCUUCGAAAGAGAUUACCGGGUGGGCUGGGACCGCCGCGAGUGGAGCGCCAACGGGACGCAUGGGACCACCAGCAUCUGCAAUGCCACGGCCGGGGCCGGUGGCGGUACAGCCAGCAGCCUCAGUGCCCGGCCCGGCCUCCUGCCGCUGCCUGUGGUGCCCUCCCGGCUGCCCACACCUGCCACAGCCCCAGCUCCCUGCACGACGGGCAGCGGCGAGGCUAUCACCAGCCUCGUGGCCAGCUCUGCCUCCGCCGUCACCACCAAGGCCCCUGGAAUCUCCAAAGCGGACAAUCAGUCCCAGGGACUCACGACCAGCAUCCGGUGGGGGCAGACACCCAUCAAUCAGUCCACGCCCUGGGACACUGAUGAGCCACCCUCCAAACAGAUGAGGGAGAGCGACAAUCCAGGCACAGGGCCAUGGGUGACCACGGUGGCCGCCGGGAGCCAGCCCGCCCUGAUCGCACACUCCUAUGGAGUGGCCCAGCCUCCCACCUUCAGCCCGGCUGUGAACGUCCAGGCCCCGGUCAUUGGGGUGACCCCCUCACUGCCUCCCCACGUGGGGCCCCAGCUCCCGCUGAUGCCAGGCCACUACUCGCUCCCACAGCCACCCUCCCAGCCACUGAGCAGCGUGGUGGUCAACAUGCCCGGCCAGGCCCUGUAUGCCAGCCCACAGCCCCUGGCCAUGUCCACACUGCCUGGCGUGGGGCAGGUGGCCCGCCCAGGACCCACUGCCGUGGGCAACGGCCACAUGGCCGGGCCCCUGCUGCCUCCACCACCACCAGCCCAGCCGUCUGCCACCCUCCCCAGCGGUGCCCCUGCCACCAAUGGGCCCCCCACGACUGACUCGGCCCACGGGCUGCAGAUGCUACGGACCAUUGGCGUGGGGAAGUAUGAGUUCACCGACCCCGGGCACCCCAAAGAAAUGUUGAAGGAAUUGAACCAGCAGCGCAGAGCGAAAGCGUUUACAGACCUGAAAAUUGUUGUUGAAGGCAGAGAGUUUGAAGUCCACCAAAAUGUUCUAGCUUCCUGCAGCUUGUAUUUCAAGGACCUGAUUCAAAGGUCGGCGCCAGACGGCAGCCAGUGCGGCCGGGAGAAGCUGGAGCUCGUCCUGUCCAACCUGCAGGCCGACGUCCUCGAGCUGCUGCUGGAGUUUGUGUACACGGGCUCCCUGGUCAUCGACUCCGCCAACGCCAAGACGCUGCUGGAGGCGGCCAGCAAGUUCCAGUUCCACACCUUCUGCAAAGUCUGUGUGUCCUUUCUCGAGAAGCAGCUGACGGCCAGCAACUGCCUGGGGGUCCUGGCCAUGGCCGAGGCCAUGCAGUGCAGUGAGCUCUACCACAUGGCCAAGGCCUUCGCGCUGCAGAUCUUCCCUGAGGUGGCGGCCCAGGAGGAGAUCCUCAGCAUCUCCAAGGAUGACUUCAUCGCCUACAUCUCCAAUGACAGCCUCAACACCAAGGCCGAGGAGCUAGUGUAUGAGACUGUCAUCAAAUGGAUCAAGAAGGACCCCGUGUCCCGGGCGCAGUACGCGGCGGAGCUCCUGGCGGUGGUCCGCCUCCCCUUCAUCCACCCCAGCUAUCUGCUCAACGUGGUGGACAACGAGGAGCUCAUAAAGUCGUCAGAAGCCUGUCGGGACCUGGUCAACGAAGCCAAGCGCUACCACAUGCUGCCCCACGCCCGCCAGGAGAUGCAGACGCCCCGAACCCGGCCUCGCCUCUCCGCAGGUGUGGCCGAGGUCAUAGUGCUGGUUGGGGGCCGUCAGAUGGUGGGGAUGACCCAGCGCUCCCUGGUGGCUGUCACCUGCUGGAACCCACAGAACAACAAGUGGUACCCCCUGGCCUCGCUGCCUUUCUACGACCGAGAAUUCUUCAGCGUAGUGAGUGCCGGGGACAACAUCUACCUCUCAGGGGGCAUGGAAUCGGGGGUGACGCUGGCCGAUGUCUGGUGCUACAUGUCCCUGCUCGAUAACUGGAACCUCGUCUCCAGAAUGACGGUGCCCCGCUGUCGGCACAACAGCCUCGUCUACGACGGGAAGAUUUACACCCUCGGGGGACUCGGCGUGGCAGGCAACGUGGACCAUGUGGAGAGGUACGACACCAUUACCAACCAAUGGGAGGCCGUGGCCCCUCUGCCCAAGGCCGUGCACUCUGCAGCAGCCACGGUGUGUGGCGGCAAGAUCUACGUGUUCGGUGGCGUAAACGAAGCGGGCAGAGCUGCGGGGGUCCUCCAGUCUUACGUUCCGCAGACCAACACAUGGAGCUUUAUUGAGUCCCCGAUGAUCGACAACAAGUACGCUCCCGCGGUCACCCUCAAUGGCUUCGUUUUCAUCCUGGGCGGGGCGUAUGCCAGAGCCACCACCAUCUACGACCCCGAGAAAGGGAACAUUAAGGCAGGCCCAAACAUGAAUCACUCCCGGCAGUUCUGCAGCGCCGUGGUGCUUGAUGGCAAGAUCUAUGCCACGGGCGGCAUCGUUAGCAGCGAGGGGCCUGCCCUGGGCAACAUGGAAGCCUACGAGCCCGCGACCAACACGUGGGCCCUCCUGCCCCACAUGCCCUGCCCGGUGUUCAGACACGGCUGCGUCGUCAUCAAGAAAUACAUUCAAAGCGGCUGACGUCCGCAGAAAGCCCGAGCCGAGACUGGUCAAGUCCGGUGAGGCCAAUGCAACUCACAACGACCCAUGUUCAGCAACACCAGUAAGAGGCUGAUAGACUCGAUCAAGGGAAUCACUGCGCUAAACAUUUGGAAUACUCUCUACAUUGAAUGUAGAAAAUCAUCCUCGCCUUUGGGGGAAACGGGGGCCGAGCACCCCGCGCGGCAGGAGCCACAACCAUCCGAGCAGCUGGGCCAGGGCGCGCCUGCAAACGCACUUGCUCUGAGCGGAGGUGCUCGCUCUGCCCCGUGCAAUAGAGUUUCACAUAUUUUUCAACUGGGAGAGAGAAGCUGAUUUUUUCCCUUCGGGCAGAGCAAGCUUGAUCCCUAAACCACCAUAGAUCAAUUAUCCUGUGACAAUAGUAGGUGUCAGGCUCUCUUGGAAUCAGAUCAAAGUGUCCUUAUCACUUUGAUUCCUACUUUUGUUUUUAACCAAUCUACACUUUUCCAUGGCCGAGAGAAGAGAAGGGACAAUACUGUGUGAGCGGGACAAGGUCUAGGAGGCUGGGCCGGAAGAGAGGUCCAGCCCCCCUCCCCCGACCCCACCGUGCCGAGCCAGACAUGGCUGGAGCGGCCGUUUGGGGGCAGCCAAGGGACAGCUGGGAGAACCUUUGAACUUCACAGGUUUUUCUACCGUGUUUUUGCUAAAGAGGGACAGGUGACUGUGCUAGCUCUCUCUUGUCCGAUAUGAAUUAUUUAGAUUUCCAAGGCAUUUUCUUGAUAAACAAAAAGGCUAUUUUUAAGUACUGAGAGGAGGAGGAGGCCAUGAGAGGAUCAUGCGGGAAUUCCCAAAGCCCUUUGUAGGUAGUGUCAGAGUGGGGCAUUUGCUCUAAUUUUUUUCUAUGUGCAGAAUAGAGGAUCUCUCCUGGGUGGGGGUGAGGACCCCCGUUUUAUUUUUAAAAAAAAAAUGUAACUCCCAGACAGCCCCAUGAAGAGCUGUGCCUCAUGGAGGCGGCGUCGAAGAAGAUUCUGUUCCAGAAGGAAACCAGUUCUGGCUCCCUCCAUGAGGUAAAGCUGAGGACCCAGGCCGGGUGGGAAGGGCAGGAGGGAGGGAGGGAGAAUAAAUGUCUACAAAGCACAGGAGACUAUUUUUGAUAUUUAUAGCUAUAUAUUAAGGCACCUGCCUCAAGAGCUCUCAGGAUGGGGACAGCCUUUGUAGACGAGCCAUGUCAGCCAAGGCCCGAGGGGCGUGAGCAGAAGCCCUCUUCCCGUAGCGUAUUAACCAGAGAAAGGGAAGCCAGGAGGGAGGUCACACCGUGGCUCAUGACACAGAGGCCUUCCUGCCAGUCCUCAGACCCUCAAACCUCACGCGGUGAUCAGUUUCCAUUCCAGGGCAAGAAGAGAGCCGCCGCCACUGCGCUAUUUAGGUGAAGUUGGUACCAAAUACGCAUUGACCAUUUUUCUAUCCGGGAAGUCAACUUGCCGUCGUUUCAUGAUAGAAACCCAUUUCUAAGGAGAAAAAGGACAGGACGUGCUUUCCACCUUCCAGUAUUUGACGACACAAAACCCCAAUUCUCACGUCGGCCAUCGACUUCUAGCACUACAAGUGUGGCUCCCACUUGGACAAGAUACCGAGCUUCGUUAUGCAGUUUUUAAUAUUAUUUAUUCUUUUAAAAAGUAAUAAGCACAAAACUACAUACAUUGUAUGUCAUUUAAAGUAUUUAUGUCAAACAGGGUGCAAGUGUGAACCCAAGGACUGGAGCACAAAUUCCUAACUGCCUGGGGCAGGGCUAACGUUAGCGUCGGUGUGCGUCUGCCUCCAAAGGAGGUGUUAGUGGUCAGCAAGGCUCAACACAGAUGACAUUGAAAUUCCGUUUCUCUCCUCAUUGAUCACACUGGAGCAAAACUGGCUAUUUCUGUGAAUGAUAUAAAACAGGGUUCUCUGUAAUGGUAUUGUACAUAGUAUAUGUUUAUUGUUAAGUUCUUGUUAUAUUAUAAUAAAUAUAUUUAUAGAUCUAGACUCAGAAGCCACUGGAAUGCCUUUGUGUGCCACCAUCUUGGCCACAGUGACGAGAAACCCCAUGGAGGCCAGCUCCUGCUCUCACCCCUCAGCCGCUGGGCUCUGUUCCAGGGACUUUAGUGCAGACCUUGAGAAUGAGAAAGAACAGAACUCCUUAGCAAGGGAACGUGCAGACCCACUUUGCUCCACUAAGGAUAUGCACAAGGCUUCCCUGGAGAGCAGGUAGGAUUGCUCACUCUCUUGCAGGGAAAGAAGUUUCCAUUUAACAGGGUAGUAGGAGAAGGGAGAUUCGCCAGCAUUUCAUCCGUGUGAAGAGCCCCCCUCCCUCAGUCCCCAAAUCUCACUAAGACCUAGUGUCGUCUUCAAGAAAACAUGCGAAGAAGGUAGAUCAGGAUGGGGGGAGUAGGAGCUCUUCUGAGGACUCGGCUGAAGCCUGUGAUGCUUGACCAGACCCUUGCCAAAUAAAUUAUCUGCAGUGCUAUCUCCAGAAACGCCAUCCUAGAGGAGACGAUGGAGAACCUGUAGAAGAUUCCAAUCAGGAAGAGCUGAAAUUAUAACCUGUUAUAAGAACCGAGCAAUAGCUUUGUUAGCUCUUUCCCCAAAUCAAGGGAAAUGUGUUCUCUGGGCCUAGGAAGAGUCUGUGUACUUUCACCACGAAAGACACGUGUGACCACUCUAUCCGGAGCCCAUGUAACAUGGGAGGAGUCUCUCUUGCUGGACUGAAGCUACUACUCAGACCAGGCAAGGGUCAGGCACAGACGAGAUGGAUCCCUGUGUGUGUGUGUGUGUGUGUGUGUGUGUGUGUG